GGCAGAGGGUGGGGAGGGACUCCCAGGAGAGGAGCCCAGCCCCCUGGGCAGAAGAAGCUAUAGCAGCCCCCUAUUUCAGACAGAGGAGGAGGCUCAUUUACAAGGCAGAUCGACCAGAUCCCUGCCUGAGGCUCUGAGUCCUGCAUCCAGCCACUGCCACCCUGCAGGCUAUAAGAGCAUGCUGACUUCCGGACCAGCGCUGGGCGGGUGCCAUGUGAGCCCAGUCUAGCUUCCCCUCCUGUUCACCCUCCUUCCUUCCCUCCUGUCUGCUGGUAUUUGCCCAACCUCUCCAAAGAGGGACACUGGACAUGUCACAGCUCAACCCUGUCCUGUUACCCCCUGUCGUGAAGGCAUAUCUGACCCAAGGAGAGCGCUUCAUCAAAUGGGACGAUGAAACUUCAAUUGCCUCCCCAGUUAUCCUCCGUGUGGAUCCCAAGGGCUAUUACUUAUACUGGACAUAUCAGAGUAAGGAGAUGGAGUUCCUGGAUAUCACGAGCAUCCGAGACACUCGCUUUGGCAAGUUUGCCAAGAUACCCAAGAGCCAGAAACUCCGGGAGGUCUUCAACAUGGACUUCCCAGACAACCACUUCCUGCUGAAAGCGCUCACAGUGGUGUCGGGCCCUGACAUGGUGGACCUCACCUUCCACAACUUUGUCUCUUACAAGGAGAACGUGGGCAAGGACUGGGCUGAGGAUGUACUGACUCUCACCAAACAUCCGAUGACAGCCAACGCUCCCCGAAGCACCUUCCUAGACAAAAUCCUGGUGAAGCUUAAAAUGCAGCUCAAUCCUGAAGGAAAGAUUCCCGUGAAGAAUUUUUUCCAGAUGUUUCCUGCUGACCGCAAACGCGUAGAAGCUGCCCUCAGUGCUUGUCACCUUGCAAAGGGCAAGAAUGACACUAUCAAUCCUGAGGACUUCCCAGAGUCUGUAUACAAGAGCUUUCUCAUGAGUCUCUGUCCUCGGCCAGAAAUUGACGAGAUCUUCACUUCUUACCACGCUAAAGCUAAACCCUACAUGACCAAGGAGCACCUGACCAAAUUCAUCAAUCAGAAGCAGCGAGACUCUCGCCUCAACUCCUUGCUCUUCCCACCGGCCCGGCCAGAGCAGGUGCAGGCCCUCAUCGACAAGUACGAACCCAGCGGCAUCAAUGUGCAGAGGGGCCAGCUGUCGCCAGAGGGCAUGGUCUGGUUUCUCUGUGGCCCAGAGAACAGCAUCCUAGACCACAAUGUGCUGCGGCUCCACCAGGACAUGACACAGCCUCUGAAUCACUACUUCAUCAACUCCUCCCACAACACCUACCUGACAGCUGGCCAGUUUUCAGGCCUCUCCUCGGCUGAGAUGUACCGCCAGGUGCUGCUGUCUGGCUGCCGCUGUGUAGAAUUAGACUGUUGGAAGGGAAAGCCCCCUGACGAGGAGCCCAUCAUCACCCAUGGCUUCACCAUGACCACAGAUAUCUUGUUCAAGGAAGCAAUCGAGGCCAUCGCAGAAAGUGCCUUUAAGACCUCCCCCUAUCCUGUCAUCUUGUCAUUUGAAAACCAUGUGGACUCACCCCGCCAACAGGCUAAGAUGGCAGAGUACUGCAGGACCAUGUUCGGAGACACCCUACUCACGGAACCCCUGGAAAAAUUUCCUCUGAAACCUGGAGUCCCUCUGCCCAGCCCUGAGGACCUCCGGGGCAAGAUUCUCAUUAAGAAUAAGAAGAACCAGUUUUCUGGUCCAGCAUCCCCCAGCUGCCCUGAUGAGCAGAAGCCUGGUGGGGAGCCUGAGAGCAACAGUCCCUCUGGUGUCCCCUUAGAGGACGACACAGUGUGGACCGGUGAGGACCGGACUGAGGCAAAGGAAGUGGUGGACGAGGAGGAAGAGGAAGAGUCAGGAAGCCUGGACGAAGAAGAGAUAAAGAAGAUGCAGUCGGAUGAGGGCACAGCAGGCUUGGAGGUGACCGCUUAUGAGGAAAUGUCCAGUCUUGUCAAUUACAUCCAGCCCACCAAGUUCAUCUCCUUUGAGUUCUCCUCACAGAAGAACAGAAGUUAUGUCAUCUCUUCCUUCACGGAGCUCAAGGCCUAUGAGCUGCUCUCGAAGGCCUCGAUGCAGUUUGUGGACUACAAUAAACGCCAGAUGAGCCGAGUGUACCCAAAGGGCACACGCAUGGACUCUUCCAACUACAUGCCCCAGAUGUUCUGGAAUGCUGGGUGCCAGAUGGUUGCCCUCAAUUUCCAAACAAUGGACCUGCCAAUGCAGCAGAACAUGGCACUGUUUGAGUUCAACGGGCAGAGUGGAUACCUCCUAAAGCAUGAAUUCAUGCGCAGGCUGGACAAGCAGUUCAACCCCUUCUCAGUGGACAGCAUCGAUGUGGUGGUAGCCACCACCCUUUCCAUUACGGUGAUCUCUGGGCAGUUCCUGUCAGAGCGCAGCGUUCGUACCUAUGUGGAAGUGGAAAUAUUUGGCCUCCCAGGGGACCCCAAGAGGCGCUAUCGCACCAAGCUGUCACCUACUACUAACUCCAUCAAUCCAGUCUGGAAAGAGGAGCCCUUUGUCUUUGAGAAGAUCUUGUUACCUGAACUGGCUUCCCUCAGGAUAGCUGUGAUGGAAGAAGGGAACAGAUUUCUCGGACACCGAAUCAUUCCCAUCAAUGCCUUGCGUUCUGGGUACCACCACUUGUGCCUGCGCAGUGAGAGCAACAUGCCUCUUACCAUGCCUGCCCUCUUUGUCUUCCUGGAGAUGAAGGAUUAUGUGCCCGACACAUGGGCAGAUCUUACUGUGGCUCUCGCCAACCCCAUCAAGUACUUCAAUGCCCAAGAUAAGAAGUCUAUGAAGCUCAAGGAGGUGACAGGAAGUCUGCCUGAGAAGCCCUUCUCAUCCGUGAUUCCUGUUGCCAGACAGUCCAACGGGGCUUCAGUCCCGGCCAGCAACAGGUCGACAGCACCUGGGGCCAAGGCCAAGGAGGAAGCUACCAAAGAAGUGGCAGAGCCACAGACAGCCAGCUUGGAGGAGCUGCAGGAACUAAAGGGUGUGGUGAAGUUGCAGCGGAGACACGAGAAGGAGCUUCGAGAGUUGGAGCAGCGUGGAGCUCGGCGCUGGGAGGAGCUGCUGCAGCGUGGCACCGCACAGCUGGCAGAACUCAGUGCUCCAGGCGCUGCCUGCAAGAUCCGCCCGGGCAAGGGCUCCCGCAAGAAGAGGAUCUUGCCUUGUGAGGAGACUGUUGUGGUGGCGCCUAGCGAGCUUCCCGAGGGUGCGGACCCGCGCGUGCAGGAACUGAGGGACAGGUUGGAGCAGGAGCUGCAGCAGCUGGGCGAGGAGCAGUACCGCUCUGUCCUCAAGUGCAAGGAGCAGCACGUGACCGAGCAAAUCACCAAGAUGAUGGAGUUGGCCAGAGAGAAACAGGCUGCUGAACUCAAGACCUUCAAGGAGUUCUCAGAAACUGACACCAAAGAGAUAAGGAAAAAACUGGAGGUCAAGAGGCUGGAACGGAUCCAGGCCAUGACCAAAGUCACCACAGACAAGGCAGCCCAAGAGAGGCUCAAGAGAGAGAUCAACAACUCCCAUGUCCAGGAAGUGGUACGGGCUGUCAAGCAGAUGACAGAGACCCUGGAGCGGCACCAGGAGAAGCUGGAAGGGAAGCAGACGGCCUGCCUGGAGCAGAUCCGGGAGCUGGAAAAGCAGUUCCAGGAAAAGGCGCUGGCCGAGUACGAGGCCAGGAUGAAGGGCCUGGAGACUGAAGUAAAGGAAUCAGUGAGGGCCUGCUUCAAGGCCUGCUUCCCCUCUGAAACAGAGCACCAGCCUCAGAGGGCCUGUGAGGCCUCCAAGGAGUUGUGUCCACAGGAACCACUCACGAACAAAGCAGACACCCAGGAGAGCCGCCUCUGAUGCCACCUCCUCACUCAGACAUUUUAGCAAGGAGAUCCACACCCUUCUCUGAAGCAUGGUUCUAUUCCCUUGAAGAAAAGGACCCUAAUUAAUACUCGGGGGCCAUGGGAGCAUGUGGCUCUCUUGGAUGCUGCAGCCCCCUUCUCAUCCAGAUGAAAGCAGGAAGAACAGAUCAUCAGGACAAGGAGCGCACUUGGAACCCAAGUCUUUUUCUAAGUUGGCUUCCUCUGUCCAUCCCACUGAUAGUGCUAUGUACUUAUUGAAGGCAAAGGAGUAUGAACCAAGAGAGAAGAAAUUGGGUUCUGGUCUCCCCUCUGCCUUUCCUAGUGUGCAGCCAAUCACUCCCCACUUGGGGCUCAUUUUCCUUUCCUGGAGGCUUGGCCUUACUCCCUAGAACCUUUACUCUUGGGCCUGUGGCUCCAGCAGAAUCCAAUCCAAGCCUCCUGGCUUGAUGUAGCACCCUACACAGGCUUCUAGGCCACAUCUCGGGCCUGCCCUGAGUACAGAGUGUUGUCAGCUGCUUAAGGCAGAGCCUGGCGCUGCCUCGAAGCUCUCUGGGGGUGGCUACUUCCAGGGUGGCGGCAAAAGCCCCUGCUCACACUUCCUGCCUGUGACAGGUGGCUGCAUGGAGAAGUCUCCUCAGCUGCUCAAACCCUGGAGUGGCGAAGGAGACUCUAGCUUCUCGGGUGCUCUCUCUCCCACCUCUGAUCCUGGAUCCACCAUUUUUUCUGGGUCUUGGUCUGGCACUUCCAUUCCUGCACCCCACCACUAUCAGGUGGAUUGCUUGAGGGGUUCAUCAUCAUUUCCUUUCCUGGAUUUAUGCAGUUUAUUUAUUUUUCUCCUUCCUCUGCCUACCAAAGACCCCUAACCUGAAACUUCCUGCCUUAGGCUGGCCUCUGUUCUCCCUUAGGAAAAGUCGGCAGGGGAGUGGAAGGCCUUUGAAAUGAAGCUGCUUGAAAGGGAAUGGGGGUGGAUCCCUUGGGAACCUUCUAGGACCCUGUAAAAUGGCCUUGCCUCUGGCUUUAUACAGGAGUUGCUUCCCUAUCUGCUGGCCCUGCUGUCAGAACCACUGGAGGAUGAUGUCAUUUCCCCCUUCUCUGCUCUCACACAGAUGUGGCCCUUCCUUGUCUUUACUCUCAGGGCCGGAACAGAAGACACCAGGACAUAAGUACAAAAGUACAAAAGUGCAUCUCAUCCUCUUGGUCACCCCAAGCCAUUAGGUUGUCUGGGCCUCUUUAGGAAGAGUGAACACAUGCUCACAGCGGGGAAUCUGCUGGUGCUGUGGCUGACUCCAGCUCUUGCUGAAGGCAGGGCUUGUGGCCACCAUUCACAAUACCUACAGCUCCAUCCCAAAUCCCAGAUGGGACUGGUAGGGUGGGGUGAUUCUGGGAAGAGGUUGUUUUCUUAUCAGAGAGUUACAACAGACGUCAUUAACUGUGAGCACCUGUGCCUUUGGAAAAUGAACAGGGACAUCCUCCCCCAUCCCUCUCAGGGCCCGACCUCAGGGGUCCCUACCAGUCCCUGACUACAGGGCAAAGUUAAAGCCUGUUCAUUUAUACAGCUAAAGCUUGGCAUUUGCCAGCCAGCUUCCCUGUCAUAGCCAUAUUGUAUACCACCAGGGUGGGGCAUCUACACCCCAGAGCAAUGCCCUGACCUCAACUCAUUGCCAGAAGUCUGAUUUUUUUUCCCUUUCUUCCGACCUCCUGGGGUUAGAACUCUGUGGGGGUGAGGAUCCAGACUGAGGGGACCUCAGUGACCCAGGUCCGUGGCCAUCCAUCACAGCCAGCAUAGCCCACGGGCAACAGCCAUAGUCAGUACCCAUGAAACCACAGGACAAGGAAGAGCCGCCUUCAGUUCUUCUCUUGCCAGGCCAGGACUGAACUGAGCAGCCCAGGAAUGGGAAGGGGGUAUAUUCCUGCCUUCUGAAACAUCCUCUGAAUGACUCCUCAAGCAAUCUGGAUACCCACUUGUCUGCUUUCAGUCUGAUGCCAAAAGGACUGCUUUCCCCCGGGACUGUCUCGAGGACCUGGGGAGAAGUUAUUCUCUGACCACGGGGAACAUGCAGAGGAAGAGUUGAUGCUCUCCCUUGAGCACUGGGUGCUGGGCAGGUGAAAGCCACCUGGGGUCCAUCCCUGUUGUACCAUAGGGCCAGGGCCGGGUUCCCUCUUCAUCAUGAUUUCCAUUUACCUUCUGCAUGGAGAAGGGUCCUCACCCUUUAGCAGUCCCAUGGCUGACUCAGUACCAGAUCCUCUGCUGACUCACCCCACCCCCUUCACCACCCCCCCCCCAGCUCUCCGCAGCUCCCAGGCACGUGCCACUAGGCUCAACCCUGAGGACUAGCUAGUGCAAUGUGACAGGGUGAGGGGGCUGGUGACACUUGAGGAGGAAAGGAGGGGACAGGGAGGGGCAGUUACAGACAGACAGACUUGCAGACUGAGGCACCUCUGGGAGGAAGCCCUUUUGCCAGCCUGGGGCCUGCAGGAGAAGCUGGGCAGGUGGGAGGGGAGGAGUGUGAAGUGCCUGCCUGCCCCCUGCCAGCUCUAUUCCUUCUCCUGUCAGCCUUCAGCUCCCUAAGCGACAGCUUCUAAUUCCGGCUGUCGGUGCCUCUGUGCUCCAGUGAAGUCUCAGCUUUGCGGUGGCUGUUCUGUUCAGAACACAGUGAGCCUAGGGAAGAAAGUCAGAGCAGGGGCUGUGGGGCCUGAGGCCUGGGAUCCCUGCUCUCUGGGAAGUCAGCACAGUCAGAGCGAGGCUCUGAGGGGACUAGAUGGACUAACCCCCGCGCCCCCCCCCCACACACACACGCCACAGGCGACAGAGCCAUAAACAAAGCUGAGCUAGUCCACUGGGAGGAAGGACUUGGCCAACGCCCUCAUCUGGGUUUUCGCCGCUUUUCUCCUCCUAGUAAUACACAGCCUAACCUUUCUCUCUGAGGCGGACAGAAGGGAAGAAAGUGUUUUCUUCCAUGACACAGACAGGGGAAACUGAGUCCGAAAGGGAUUAAAAAGCCUUUCUUCUGCUGGGUAAAGAGGGAGGAUGUCCCUGUUCCCUUUCUGAGUGGAGAACAUCACCUGGUCGUAGAUGGGGCUGACUACCCUCUACCCCGCGGCUGAUGUUGUGCUGUCUGGAACACUGACUCCCGGGUCUUGAGUGGAGUGAGCUGAGCUCUUAGUCUCCACUUCCUCUUACAGAUGAGGAUCUGCAGGCCCGGAGGGACACACUGCUAGUACAGUGUGGACACACUAGCUAGUACAGGAGAGACCUAGCUCUCCUGCCAAGAAGUGCGUGGGGGCUCACUUCACAGGUGUGCAGUUCGCACAUGCUCCCCAAAGGAGAGUGUGAGUCCCUGCUCUAUGAUCUAGCCCAUGGUGGGCAUCCCUGGAGUUGGGAGCUCUGGAAAGCACAGGAGCACAGGGGCUGGGGGAGGGGGGCUUCUAUCCUUUCUCCAGCAGCACGAGCCCUCCUUAGAAUCCUGUGCCUUGGGAGUCUCCUACAAAGCAUAUUCCCGCCCUGCCCAAGCUGGGGACCCCUCAAUCCUUCACUGAGUCUCUUGUCCCUUACAGCUUAGGACCCCUGAACACAACCCUCAGCACUGUUCUCUGUGGUUCUCCCUGUCUGGUGCCCUUGUCUCAGUAACCCCUCUGUUUGGACUGUCUUCUUACUACUUAGCAGUCCAACAUCACUCGUCCUUGAAGGACCACCAACCACCUCAGUUGCUGUCUUCAGAAGACCCCCCCAUCCCUCUUUUUCCCAUCAUCCUAUCCUUCCGCUGGCUGCCUGAGUUUUGUAUUUGGCAGAUGUAGUCAAUCCUUGGGUGACACCCUCUCCUUGUCAUAUCCUGGGGUUUGUCUUCCUGACUGAGAAUGCGAAUCUCAUUCAUUCAGGAUCCAGUUUGUGCAUUUGUACUUCCUGUUGCUGGGAACACAACAAUGGGCUCAUGACAUCUAUAAAUUCAGUAGUUGAUUGAGUAA